UCUCAAACCAAACACAUGCAAGAAUGGGUUAGUUCUGUUCCAUUCCAUUUCAACCUUCAAACCAAACACACUCUUACUUCCUUCCUCAGCCGAAAGUUAGAUUCUCCAGAGCUGGCGUCUCCUGGAAGCACAUCAAAUUCAUCACCUCGAAUCAGAUUCCAUGCUCGAAAUCUUGUGGAAAAGGAUAAUUCUAUUUCCUCCUGGUUUUAUCCACCGCUCAGAAUACGUGGCUCAGAUGUCCUGGCCUUGAGAUCUCCUGCAUCUACAUAUAUCAGUCACCUGAAGUCUGAACCACUCUUGAACUACAGAAGCUCAGCGAAAUUUACAAUGGGGGCAUCACCGUCGCGGCCAGAGCCGCCUCACAUGUUCCAAGAGAUUGUUGCCGAGGAGAAGAUUACUUCAUCUUCACUGGAAGAUCAGGUCUAUUAUGGCAUCUACUUGGCUGGGAAAACAAAGAAGUACUGGGUGGAUGACACAACUAUGUGCAACUGCUUCAUGCUGUUUCCCAGAGCCUUGACCAUCAUUUGGGGUGGAACCCCACAAUACUGGACUUGGUACCAUCUGAAGGAUGGAAGCAAUGAUGCUGACAAUCAGAUCGAGGUGGCGUCCCUGCUCAACGUCUGCUGGUUAGAGAUCCAUGGCAAGUUUGAACUGGCCUAUCUUACACCAGGAGUCACCUAUGAGGUGUUCUUUAAAGUGAUGCUUACGGAUAGAGCAUACGGGUGGUCAGUCCCAGUGGACCUCCGGCUCAGUCACCCUGACGGAACAGUCCAGCAGAGUAAGGUGAAUCUGCAGGAGAAGAUCAGGGGGAAGUGGCUGAGGCUCAAGGUUGGGGAGGUGAAAGCACAGCAGGGGCAGCAGGGGCAGAUUGAGAUAUCCAUGUUUCGGCAUGGUGGGGCGUGGAAGAGAGGGCUAGUUAUCAAGGGAAUCAAAAUUCUCCCAAAACUAUGAUUUGAUACUCUUUUGUGACCAUUGAUCUUUAGCUGUUGUUUGUUAAUGUAAGAUAAGAUCAGCAGAGUGUUUCAGAAUAAUGUGCGAGUGGUACAUAGUUCGAGUGCUGUAAAUGAAUAUUUAUACAUCUUCCAAAACUGAUGUUAGCACCCAAAAA